AUGUCAACAGCAGUAGGAAUCGAUCUGGGAACAACGUAUUCAUGCGUUGGCGUCUUCCGCCAUGGCAAAGUCGAGAUUAUUGCCAACGACCAAGGUAAUAGAACUACACCAAGCUAUGUCGCAUUCAACGAAACAGAAAGGUUGAUCGGUGAUGGGGCCAAAGACCAAGUUGCCAGAAAUCCCGAAAAUUCAAUUUUUGACGCAAAGAGAUUGAUUGGAAGAAAUUACAACGAUCCAGCUGUACAGAAGGAUAAAGAACACUGGCCUUUCAAGGUAGUAAAUAAGAAUGGAAAACCAUUUCUUCAAGCGGAAUAUCAAGGCGACGUGAAGACGUUUUCACCCGAGGAAAUCAGUGCAAUGGUUCUUACUAAGAUGAAGGACACUGCGGAAGCAUACCUCGGUGAAAAUGUAAAGGACGCGGUUAUAACAGUACCUGCUUACUUCAACGACUCACAACGACAAGCAACAAAAGACGCUGGCAUCAUCGCAGGACUGAACGUACUCAGAGUGAUAAACGAACCCACAGCAGCGGCAUUGGCGUACGGACUCGAUAAGAACUUGGCUGGCGAGAAAAAGGUUUUAAUUUUCGAUCUUGGCGGCGGAACCUUCGAUGUCUCUGUGCUCACCAUCGACGAAGGAUCAAUUUUUGAAGUUCUUUCAACUGCUGGGGACACCCAUCUUGGCGGAGAGGACUUCGAUAACCGAAUGGUGAAGCAUUUCACUGAAGAGUUCAAGCGAAAACACAAAAAGGACAUCUCAAAGAGUAACAGGGCAAUUAGAAGAUUACGGACGGCCUGUGAGCGAGCUAAGCGCGUCCUCUCAACCUCGACAGAAGCUGCUGUCGAGUUGGAUUCUCUAUACGAAGGAAUUGAUUUCUACAGUAAAAUCUCAAGAGCAAGAUUCGAAGAACUGUGCUCCGAUCUCUUCCGUUCCUGUCUUGACCCUGUCGAAAAAGCUCUAAGAGAUGCUAAGCUAGAUAAAACGAAGAUCGACGAAGUUGUUCUUGUCGGAGGAUCAACCAGGAUCCCGAGGGUGCAAAAGUUACUCAGUGAUUUCUUUAACGGAAAAAAUCUUAACAAAUCAAUCAACCCCGACGAAGCAGUUGCCUACGGUGCUGCGGUGCAGGCGGCAGUGCUUACAGGCAACUCCGGCGUGAAAGAUGUGUUGUUGGUCGACGUUGCACCUCUAUCGUUGGGAAUUGAGACAGCCGGCGAGAUGAUGACAAAGCUGGUGGAACGAAACACAAGAAUCCCACACAAUACUUCACAGGUGUUCACCACGUACGCUGAUAAUCAACCUGCCGUCACAAUUCAAGUUUACGAAGGCGAACGAGCACAGACGAAACAUAACAAUCUGCUCGGAACAUUUAACCUCACUGGAAUAGCACCAGCACCAAGAGGUGUGCCAAAGAUCAAAGUUUCGUUUGACAUCGACGCAAAUGGAAUCUUGCAAGUCUCCGCCAAAGACGAAAGCACGGGAAAGGCGAACCAGAUCACGAUCAACAAAGGCCGCUUGUCGAAGGCAGAUAUAGAAACUAUGCUGGCUGAUGCUGAGAAAUACAAAGAAGAAGACAAUAAACAGAUGGAAAGACACAAGGCCAAAAACGAACUGGAGUCCUACAUGUACGGCUGCAAAAAUGCUGCCGAAGAGGCCGGUGAAAAAUUGUCUUCUGCGGAUAAAGAUCAAGUCACACAAAUUUGUGACGACACGCAGAAAUGGCUGGAUGGAAAUUCUCUUGCAGAAAAGGAAGAGUUUGAAGAGCGCCUAAAUGAACUAAAAAAGGUUUGCUCGCCCUUAAUGAGCAAGAUUCACGCAUCGGCUGGAGGGCAUCAGCAGAAUGGCCAAGGAAAACCCGACGGCCCAGUGAUCGACGAAAUGGACUAG